AUGACAAUUAACUUGGGGGACCUGGAUGCCCACGAACAGCCCUCUGACGAGCUGAGGGCGGAGUGGAAGUCAUUCUCGAAAAAAGAGCCUGCUGAGCUGCUCAACGAAACCAAGCUCGACGACCCCAGACUUCCUCUCUCACAGACUGGCUUCGUCUCGGCAGGAUCGAUAGCAAAGAACCAACUUACAGAGGCCUUUAAACAACUCGGCCUCUCUCAGGAGGUUCAAGAAGAUGCCCAGAUUAUUCACCAUCCCCUUCUUCCAGGACUCCUAAUUCUGCCCAAUCUAAUCCCUGAGACCGUCCAGCAGAAGCUGCUAGAACUCAUGAUCCACCGUGAUCUCAGCAACCCCAACCACCAGACAAACAUGCACCUCCACUUCAAGGUCCCCUACGAGUCCCUAGACCCAGGCGCCUCCUUCUUCUCUCACGGGCCCGACUCCCCUCCGGCCGCCUUCAACCCCAAGGACCCCUCCGUCCACCGGCCCCAGUCCCUCCGCCAGGUCCUGAACCGCAAGCUUCACUGGGUCACCCUGGGUGGGCAGUAUGACUGGACCAACCGCGUCUACCCGGACGCCGAGCCACCCCGGUUCCCGGACGACAUCGCGGGAUUCCUCCAGGCCCUCUUCCCGGAGACCCAGGCCCAGGCCGCCAUCGUCAACUUCUACACCCCCGGGGACACCAUGAUGAUGCACCGGGACGUCAGCGAGGAGUCGGACAGGGGCCUCGUGAGCCUGAGCCUCGGGUGCGACGGCAUAUUCAUGAUCGCUCCUAGCAAGGGGCCGCAGGGCGAAGGGGACGCCUCUGCCACGGAGCUGGCCCCGGGGGCGUAUGACACCGCCCAGGGCAAGGGGUAUCUCACGAUACCGCUCCGGUCCGGCGACGCCAUCUACAUGACGAACGAGUCGCGGUAUGCAUGGCACGGCGUGCCCAAGGUCAUCAAGGGGACGUGCCCGGCACAUCUCGAGAACUUCCCGGCAACCGAGGACGGGCAGUACGAAGAAUGGCGGGGUUGGAUGAAGAACAAGCGGGUAAAUCUCAACGUGAGACAAAUCAAGUAA